UUCCAGCUUCCUGCUUCUUGGUGGAGUAGUGAUUCACUGUAAAAAUCGUCCAAGAUGUCGAAAGUCACAUUUAAAAUAACCCUGACGUCGGAUCCGAGGCUACCUUACAAAGUAUUAAGUGUCCCUGAAGGCACACCGUUUACAGCUGUGCUGAAAUUUGCAGCUGAGGAGUUCAAAGUGCCAGCAGCCACCAGUGCCAUCAUCACCAACGAUGGCAUUGGCAUCAACCCAGCACAAACAGCAGGAAACGUCUUUUUGAAGCACGGCUCAGAACUGCGAAUCAUUCCCAGGGACAGAGUGGGUGCAGAAUCUUGUCCAGGCAGCAAAUGACUUCAUCGGGAUAAACAGAAAUCACAUUUGUAUUUAUUUUCACCCCCCUUAACAAAAUGAAACCCUCCUCCGAACAUACCCUUCUGAUGUUCUGACACUCAGAAGGUUAUAGGACUGCACCAUGGACCCCCCCUUCAUUUUGGCACAGUUAGUGUCAAUCAGUUGGAAGAAUGCAUCUGCACGCAACACAUAUCUACAAGACGAACGUUGAAAAGUGCCAAUAAAUCAUGCAGCAGUUUCCAUGUCAAUAAUUAAUUGAAAACGAAAACAAUGUCUCUGCAAGACUGACACCUUAUGAGGGAAAUCAUGGUGUUUCGUGACUUCAACCAGUAAUGACCAGACCACACAAUUUUUAGUUUGUUUAUUUGUUUUUUAUUUGUUUUUUUUUCUCUCUUUUUUCAUAUUUAUCUUGCUAGCUGUUAUUAACCCGUAUCUAAUAUCAUAGUCAUAGCCCAGAGGCUGUGUAUAUACAACCACAGCACAGCAGAAUCACUUCAGAUUGUUUGCAGCUCUGUCAGUCGAAGUGUAGAUUUCCCAGUCAUUAUUUUUUUUCUGAAUUGUGGAUCAAAGCAAAGGUUGACAUGAUCUUUCUUGAACAAAGAUCUUGAUCCCAUACCAUUUUCAUUCCAUUGCAAUUUCAGUUUCAAUAUUUUACUAUCAGCAAAACGCGUAACACUCAAUGUUUUAUGUAAAAUAGCAAAACAUGUACGUUGUGCAAAAUAAUCUUGUCUUAAACUGGAAAGAUUUGUUUUCUUAAUGGACUCGGUGCUUGUGUGAAGUAAACACUUGCAAGUA